AUGCCGUCGUCGUCUUCGCCUCGGCCACGAAUGACCCGAGUCAGUUUGGACGAUCCGCGCACCUGGGAAGGCAAGAAUUGGCCCUACCAAGGGAAGUUUUUGUUCCACGAACCGGCGUUUGGCCAACAGGCCUUCAACAACCGCACCAACGAAAAGCUGUACCACGUCUUCACUCAGAUCUUUGGCGAAACGAAGCUGUGGUGCACGAUCGACAAGUGGGGCCUGAUGCGCGGGUCCAAGGACCUCGUCUGGCGUCAGGGCACGCCACACCCACCCUCAGACGCCGACGAGGCGGUGGAGACGACGGCGGAGGCGGAGGCGGGGGCGGGGGCGGUGGCGGUGGCGGUGGCGGUGAAGACGACGGUGGAUCGGCCGGACUGGCGGUGGAACCUUCACCCGCACUGGGACUGGAACCCCUGGGUGUACCAGGCCAUGGUCGACCGAGGCCUGCCCCGCAUGUACCAAGGCAUCAUUGCGCUGGACGACUGCCCCGAGGAGGUGGGCGGCCACAUCACCAUCCCCGGCUCCGCGGCCUAUCUGCCGCACUGGGUCACAGAGCACAAGAUGCCGCAUCAGCAUUGGAAGCUGGUGCCGGUCCCCGAGAAUGACGCGCUGCUGCGCUACACACGACGAGUUCCGAUGAGGCACGGCGGCUCAGCUCAAGCGACAGCUUCGCUGGGAAGUUGCUAA